UGAGUGGCUCGUGCUCAGCGAUUAAUACCAAAUCGCAGUCCAAUCUCGAAAAAGCCACUUUUUCAAAUUUCAUCCCCCAAAAAAUCAAAUUCCCUUUCAACAUCUUCAUUCCGUAAUCGCAAAAAAAAAAUCAACAUGAAUGUUUCUCAGGUCGCGAUGUCGACGUCCACUCGCCGGAUUCCUUCGCGAUUUCACAAAUUCUUCCACCGCCGAUCCCCAGUAAAUAAAAGUGCAACGCACAAAUUCGUAUGAAAAGUUCGUAAUUACUAGAACAUUUGCACCCUAUACUAAAAAAUGGAAUCUAAAUCAAUAACAAAUUAAAAAGAAAAUACAUUGUGUAAUACUUUAAAUCUUCAAGGAUUACAAAAAUGGAGACCAAGGCAUUUUCUAUUAGAUUACCAGUCGCUUGAGAAAUAAACACAUAUGCAUGAGAAUUGCAGAAAGUUUGCAUAAUAAUUGUAUAAUUUAGGAAAAAGUGCAGCGCAGUGGAAAUGGAAGAAUAUUAAUGGAAAUCAAGUCGAGGUGAGGAAUAUUGGAAUUGAUAAAGCUCGUGGAAGCUUGCUAUAUAAAAAUAAGAAUUAAAAGUAGGUAAAAAAUGAAUUUAAAAACACUAUAAACCGGUGUAACUCGUUUUUCUUUGAGAGUAUCGCGCCCCAAAAAGCGGGACCAGUGACCCGUGCAGUAAAGUGCAACAAAAUUAUGCACAUGCAUCGACAAGGCAGUAUUCAUGCACUCAUAAGUACCUCUCUCGCCUCCCUUGGCUCUCCUACAAAGUCUCCGCGUUAUUAUUACUACGGCCCCGCAUAGUCGCGAGCAGCUUUCACCUGCCUCCAGACAGAAAACAUAAUCUACACUUGGAUUGUCUCUCGGCUCACUCAACCAGUGAAAAAUAUCUGAUUGAGAAUCAAAACACUAGUCUCUUAUAAUAAAGAAAACAAUAACAAAACAAGUGGAACGUUGUGUAAGCAUAAUGAUAAACAAAACCAAAAAUGUGAAAACGUAAAGAAAAAAUCUUUACGUUAAAAUAAUAUUAUAAUACAUUCAAAGAAAGUUUCACUGCAAGAAAUUUUUAAAGAUUGUGAAAAGUGCUUAAUGAUUGGGGUUUAAUCAACGAAAUAAAUUAUAUUGCUUACGAAUAUUAUGAUUGUUUGGAUUUAAGAAACGUUUUCGUAGUGACAAAAAGUUCAUCGUGGAUUGUUAUUGCUGGCUCGGGUCUUUUGAGAAAAAUUGGAAUUAAAAAAAAGCCGGCAAACUGGAUGCUACAGACGGUGCCUUUGUUCCCCCUCCCCUUCCAGACAUCACUGUCACUCAGGAUGACCGUUUUGGAAAACGAACGGGUGGCAGUGCAAGAAGACCGAACGAAUGCUUCGUUCUCGAGCCUUCCGAGAUGAUAGUGAUCGACUAUCCGGAAGUUCACAGUGGAAGGAUGCACCGACCUCCACAUCCUCACCCAAUCACCGACCAUCGGCAGGUGAAUCUCGUUUUUGAGGACACGUUUUCGCAAGGCCUGACAGGCAGGCCAGAACUGUAUCAAAAGUCCAACAGAAGCAGCCACUCGAGCGAUACGAGUUCGGCUUACAGUGGAUCUGACACCAUGACGUCUGUACAAAGUUCCUUGGAUGCUGAUGCGGACGAGGUGGAUCUUUCUGGCCUCGUCGAGUCCAUCGUGGACAGCGACGAGGAGGAAGAUUUAGCCGAAAGCAUGGAUAGCUUGACUGUGCGGGAUACAGUUCGAGAAUGCCUUGAAAAAGACCCAGGGGAAAGAACAGAGGACGACAUAGAAAUCCUCCUCGAGUUCACCCAGCACCUGAAAGCUUUCACGAACAUGACGCUAGCCGUAAGAAGAGCGCUAUGUGCUGUGAUGGUUUUCGCUGUGGUCGAAAGGGCCGGCAUGGUUGUCCUAGCCGACGGGGAAGAUCUUGAUAGUUGGAGCGUGCUCAUCAACGGAGCUGUGGAAAUCGAACACAGCAAUGGGGAAAUCGAGCAGCUUCACCUGGGUGACAGCUUUGGAACUCUGCCCACGAUGGACAAAUUAAAACAUCGGGGUGUUAUGAGGACGAAGUGUGACGACUGCCAAUUUGUUUGCAUAACGCAAGCGGAUUACUUUAGAAUCCAGCACCAGGGUGAGGAGAACACGAGGCGGCAUGAGGAAAACGGAAGGGUGGUUCUUGUCACGGAGUUGAGAGGCGCCUUGGACGGAGCUGCACGCAGAGGCUACGUCGUCAUCCGCGGAACGGCCGAACGACUGAUGAUGCAGCUCAUCGAAGAAAACAGUAUUACAGACCCAAAUUAUGUCGAGGACUUUUUGCUAACUCACCGUACUUUUAUUGACAGUCCGCUCCUAGUCGCCAAUCAGUUAUUAGAAUGGUUCGAACAACCUCAAGUUCGGGAUUGUGUCGCGAGAGUCGUACUUCUCUGGGUGAAUAAUCACUUCACGGACUUUGAAACCGAUCCGGCUAUGAUGGAGUUUCUGGAGGCGUUCGAGACGGGACUCGAGAGGGAAAAGAUGCAGGGCCAACAGAGGUUACUAAACAUUGCUUGUGCGGCGAAAGCGAGGACGCGAAAUGUGACAUUGGCGAGGCCGAGUAGAGAUGAGGUGCUUCACUUCAGUAUCUUGGGAGGAUAUGAGCGAAACUUUGGUAUAUUCAUUUCAAAAGUAGAUAAGAAAUCGAAGGCCGAAGAUGUUGGUUUAAAAAGGGGUGAUCAGAUCCUGGAAGUGAAUGGGCAGAGUUUCGAGCACGUGAAUCACGCCAGGGCGCUGGAGAUCCUCAGAGGGUCGACGCACCUCAGCAUUACUGUAAAAUCUAAUUUAUUAGCCUUUAAGGAAAUGACACAGAUGCCAGACAACUCGCCAAGGCCACGGGGACGAGUGAACAAGCCAGAGAUUCCGAGACUGCCAACUGAUCCACGUGCAAGGCUUUCCACGCACGUUGAUCCCAUCACACCUGUAAAUCCUCUCAAUCCAAUGGUGGGAGGAGUUCCACUCUUAAUUCCAGAUAACAAUGUUUCGCCCUGCAAGGACACGAAAAAAGAACACAAGGGCUUCAUGACGCUGGGGCCCAAGAGACGCUUGCAGAAGGCUUUAAUGAAGAUGAACAUUUUGCCAAAAAAUACGAUCAAAAUUUACAGCGAUGGCGUUCACGUUGACGAUCCCUUGGGACCGCCACACACUCCGCCAGGAACAGGCCUGAGCCAAACGACCACGAACCUCUAUCACUCGAGGAGCAAUCCGGAUCUCACAUCUCUUUACUGUUACGAUGAUUUACGGGCUCCGGAGUACCCGGAACAUGUUCUCAAAGUCUACAAGGCUGAUCAGACCUGCAAGUAUCUUUUGGUGCACAAGGAGACGACAGCGCACGAGGUUGUGAUGCUGGCUCUUCAAGAAUUUGGAAUUACCGAGAGUAGUUCGAACUUUUCCUUGGCGGAGGUUAGCGUCGGUGAAGGAGGAAUGAUCAAACAACGUAGACUGCCGGAUCAGCUGCAAAACCUCGCAGAGCGAAUCGGGCUUAGUUCGCGAUACUAUCUAAAAACAAACGGAAUUUCGGAAACUCUAGUUGCCGACGAGCAGGCACCAGAACUCAUUCGGGAGUCCCAGGUGCACUUCCUUCAGUUAAACGCCGUCGAGGUCGCGAUUCAACUGACGUUGCAAGACUUUAGUAUAUUCAGACAAAUUGAAUCUACGGAAUACGUAGACGACCUCUUCGAAUUAAAAAGUAGGUACGGAAUACCUAUGCUCAGCCAAUUUGCGGAACUAGUCAACAGAGAAAUGUUCUGGGUCGUGACGGAAGUUUGUUCCGAGCACAACCUUGUCAGGCGCAGCAAAAUCAUCAAACAGUUUAUCAAAAUUGCCCGACAAUGUAAAGAAUGUAAGAAUUUCAACUCGAUGUUCGCGAUCGUCUCAGGUUUGGGCCACGGGGCGGUCUCUAGGUUAAGAGCUUCAUGGGAAAAAUUACCCAGCAAGUAUCAAAGACUUUUCUGCGAUUUACAAGAGCUCAUGGAUCCUAGUCGGAAUAUGAGCAAAUAUCGACAACUCGUAGUCUCCGAGCAAACUCAACCGCCAAUCAUACCCUUUUAUCCAGUCGUUAAGAAAGACUUGACCUUCAUACACUUGGGAAACGACUCGAGGGUGGAGGGUCUUGUAAAUUUUGAGAAGCUCAGAAUGAUCGCUAAGGAAGUGAGAACCCUGACGAAUAUGUGUUCCUCGCCUUACGAUCUCCUGACGAUGUUGGAAAGGGGAGGACAGCCUCCUAGUUCUGCGAUGGUCGCGCUAAAUCAAAUGACGACAGGGAAUCAAGGAGGUCAAACCGCGACUGUAAAGAGACGCAAGAAGUCCACUGCGGUGCCGAAUCAAAAGAAGAUGUUCGAGGAGGCGCAGAUGGUGAGACGAGUUAAGGCCUACCUCGCCAACAUGAAGGUCAUCACCGACGAGGAGAGGUUACAUGCACUCUCGGUCGACUGUGAGCCACAUGCAGGUGCCGUAGCCAUCGCCGCAGCGGUUCCCCUCGCUGGAAACAGAGGCAGGAGGCAUCCCUCUCCAACGCUUUCGACCACCAGCAGCGCCAGUAGUACCAGUGAGGGCAGAAAGAGCAUACAAGGUACAAAAUUUGGAGCAGCGUCGCCGCAAGCUGUGAGAAAAAUGCUUGCGCUCUCCGAUCCGCACAAAACGAGACCUUAUCAACCGAAGCACUGUCCUCCGCCACUUCCGGUUCCUGGAUUGGCGAUACACACUAGUGGCUUGGAACCAAGUCCCGGCGCACCUAGGAGAGUUGGGUCUGGAACCCGAGUUCCCAUGCAUGAAAGGUCGCACAGUGACACUCCCUCGGGACUUCCGCCUCCUGUAGAUCUUAGUGCCGAAAGCAGUAGUGUUACGAGUCUUAGUAAUCUACAGCCUUUGAGGAAAACGCUGACCAGUGGUUCGGUGACGAGCAGUGACAGCGGUCACAGUACACAGCUGGACAGCCAUAGUGGGAGCAGCGUCGAGGCCGGUGGAAGUCCACCUCCACCCCAGAGACGACACUCCGCCUUGCAAGCAGGGUCGGUUUUGAGAGGUGGGAUAUCACCCCCUUUUCCUCACGCGGUAGCAGUGUUACCUCCACUUCCUGCCAAUCAAAAUCUGAAUCACGACCAUCAUCAUCCUCAUCUUCAUCAACAAUAUAAUCAUCAAAUAUUGCCUCCUCAAGGUUCAACGGGAAUGGGAGUCAACCUGGGAUUAAGUAUGCCGCCCCCUUUGCCUCCAGGUGCGAUGACUUCGUCGGGGAUGCGUCCUGGCCUCGGUUCCGUUCAGUGUCGCCAACCUCCCAAUUACAAAAUCGCAGCCCAGAUGGCCAGGCUGCAUAGGCUCGGCCGUGCUCAUAGCCACGAAGGCGUCACCUACCGGAACGAUCACGAAGAUGAUGAUGAAGACGCACAAGUGUCGGCAGUGUAGAAGAAUGAUUGUGAAGUCGGCCGACGAGUUCGGGUCGCUGCUUAGUUAAUUUUCCAGAUUUCUUCACCGUUACGUUUUCAUUUAUUAGCGAUGUCCCUAUGACAAAUACUCUGAAGAAAUGGACCCACGACGCAUAGGAAGUGCUUUCUCCAGCGGAAUUUUAUCGACUAUCGAUAUAGAAGAUAAUAUCGCCUGUGCCAGUCGGUACAAAGCACGCGUUCCUGAAAAGAACGCGACAGAAAUCAGGGCGAUCGAUCGCAAUAAACCGCUUCUAUUUCCAAAAUCCUGCCAUGAAGUUAAAGUUCCCAAUCGAGAAGUUUGGAAUAAGUAACCAAGAUUAAUGAAAUGGACAGGCUCUAAUUUAAAGAGAGGGUGUUUGAAGAUUGAUCCUUUGUAAAAUCGAUUUAUUUCAGAAUUACUUUUUUAAGAAUUGACAAACACCCUUUCUCGAGGAUUUAAAUGUUGUCUUUCACGAAACAAAGUUCUCGACACGUCUUCGAGAUCCAGAGAAGUCCUUUCGAAUUGCAAAAUCGAUCGCGCGUUAUUUAUAUAAAUGUGUAAUAAAUCGAGCCCAAAGAUGUUAAAUAUCGUUUUAUCGCUGAGUAACGAGAUGGCUGUAUUAUAUACUUUAUAGGUCUGCUCUUUAAAAAGAAAAACUCCAUAGCUUGUAAGUUGGUGUAAAUAGCGUAUAGUACCUAUUUAGUUUUUAGCAAAGAGAGAAAGACAUGGGAGGAAGAACAGGGAACAAUGAACAACCUAGUGCUAUUUAUCGCUCUUUUCCUCUCACUUAUAAAACCACAUUUACAAACAUGAUCCAAGUUCCACAGAUCUAUUUUGAAAACACUCUGAUUAUUAAUUUGUAAUCCUAAAAAGUUUAAGUUUCGGUAAUCUAUUGCUAGAUAAGAUUUAUAUUUUAACCGGAUAGAAUUUGCAGAUGUGGUUUAAAUGAAAAUGUACGAGCGGAGAAAAGCGAUAGAAUAACUGAAAUCAAGAGAUUAAAGUUUCGAAUUGAGGGACGAAGGCAACGGCUCGGUUUCCAUUUAACUUUUUCUAAUAAAUCCAGUUUCUUCGAUUUCAACGAAUUGGAAUUUUUCGUAAGAUUGAACGCUGGAAAAGGGCCUAACCUUUUCGAUGUCUCGCAGGAUUUUCGAAUGUCAAUAUGUUGAUUUAUUUUAGAAGAAUCGAGUCACCCGCUUCUUCGCUGUAUAAUCUUAUCGAGUAAUUCUUGUAUUAACUAUAUCUCACUGUACAUAUCGUAAUAAGUUUUAACCUCGAACCCGACGUCGUCGAUGACGCCUCGAAGAUUAUAGAUCCCCUCAUCAACCAUUCAGGUUAAUUAAGAGUGCGCUUUUAUACAAAGCGAACGACUGUUGCGUGUUUUUUCUAGAAUCAAUCGUCUUACCAAUCCUGUUUUCGCACCUUUAAAUUAUUCAAAUACGCCCACAUUAAGAUUUAAAUUAUCGUCACGAGAAGUGACACCUCCCUUCGUAUUUUGAUCGUGGAAGUGAUAUUGCCGAGUUUGAAAGAUCGGUGGGAGGUAUCACGUCUUGUAUCAUCAGUACCAAUGAGUUUUUCAACACUCAAUCUUUUUACGACAACUGUCGUUCAAUUUUGAAUAAUGCUCUGUUGGAGAUCAUCAAGAUUCAAUCCUGUCCUCGCUUCAUUCCAAAUGCAUUUACUUCGCGAUUUUUAAUCAGACUUCCGCUCGCUCGAUUUGCUUUGGAAAUAUUCGCGAAGUGAUGAAAAAUUGUGUGAGAUUGCUCAUGUAGAAAGACAUUUGCUUGUUCAUAUUUUAUGGCGACUAAUUGCAAUUGCAGGGUGGUGGUGGCUAAUCAAAUAGAAAUUUCAAUUUUUGUAGUCUGAAUUAUCCGAGAUAUUCUCAAGGCGAGGAAAAUGUCAAAUAACUUCAGAUCCUAGAAAUUACUUGGAUUUUUUAAAUUGUUAAAUGAUCUUGAAUUCUUAUUUGAGAUGUGAAUUUUCCACCCUGUUGUAUAAUGUUUUAACCAAUUUUUAGUCGAAGACUCCCCAAAAAAUGAGAUUGACCACAGUCAAUAAUUUUAAUUUUUCCCGAAUAUUGUGGAAAUUAUGUAUAAAAAGAUGUAAACUUUUAAAAAAAUUAGGUUUGGCGGAAGAUAAAAUUUUGCUCGUGGAUCGAGCAAGCGGUUCGAAUUCCAAGUGCAAUCGACUGAAAAUGUGUAAAAAGUAUCGACGAGUUUCAAAAUAAUGCGAUUAUAAUUAUUAUCUUCCUUGGAAGUUCGGGUUUAGUUUUAGAGAACUGAGUACAAGUUGUAUACGCAAAACGCCAGAGACAGAACUUAGGACUCUUCCGCGCGACUGCACAACCGCGUACUUCUAUUUUAUUUAUACCUGCCUCUGUUGUUUUAAUUAUUUAUAUAACGCGAAGGGAAUGCGAUUACGACUAAAAGAAACUGCAAGAGAGAAACCUUUUGUAUUUAAUUUGUUUAAUAAAACUCGAAUCAUAGUACAACUGU